CUUUCACCGUCUCACACACACACACACAAUUCGUCACAGUGAUCAAAGAGUGAGACUGCUUAGUAUUAGCAGCUGCACCGACGUAAGUGCGACGAUGGACGCGCCGGCCCCCGACAGCAUCGCCGCUGAGGAGGGCGGGCAGCAACAGAUGCACCAGGACGAGAAAGAGCACAAGCCGAUGUUCAGGAGAGUCAAGGACAAGAUGAGGAAGAUCAAGAACACCAUCGCCGGCCACGGCCACGGCCGCGAGCAGGACACCGGUGGCGGUGAUAGCAACAGCACCGGCGAGGACGAGGAGAAUGCGGCGACGAGGGAAGCCGAGGUGGAGAAGGGCGGAUACCAGCAGCAAGACGUCGAGGACAAGCCCAUCUUCGCGGACUCCAGUCCCGAGCACAACGACGCUCCGGGGGUGCGGCUUGGUGACCUUGGCGCCACGGCAGCGGCACAGGAGGUGAAGCGCGACGACGCUCCGGGGGUGCGGCUUGGUUACCUUGGCGCCCCGGCAGCGACGCAGGAGGUGAAGCGCGACGACGCUCCGGGGGUGCGGCUUGGUGACCUUGGCGCCCCGGCAGCGGCGCAGGAGGUGAAGCGCGACGACGCUCCCGGGAUGCGGCUUGGUGACCCUGGCGCCCCGGCAGCGGCGCAGGAGGUGAAGCGCGACGACGCUCCGGGGGUGCGGCUUGGUGACCCUGGCGCCCCGGCAGCGGCGCAGGAGGUGAAGCGCGACGACGCCGCGGGGAUGCGGCUCAGCGACUUCGGCGCCCCGGCAGCGGCGCAGGAGGUGAAGCGUGACGACGCUCCGGGGGUUCGGCUCGGCGAUCUCGGCAGCCCUGUCGUCGAGGACCCGGCCGUGCCGAACUUGAGGACGCCCAUGCCGCGAGGUGGCGAAGACAUCGGCACGACGGACGCUGCGCAGGACGACUCUAGCGCAACUGCCGCCCCUGAAUCGCUGACCGCAGGUGCCGGGAAGAGGGACCUCGACUUGCCGCAAGAGGGAACGCGGGCGUCGUACACCGGCACGGAGGGGCUGAAGAACGCGGCAGCGGACGCGACGACGGAGGGCGCGCGUGGCGCGACGUACACCGACAUGAUCAAGUCCGCGGCGGCGGGCACCACGGAGUACGGCAAGAAGCUGGCGAGCACGGUGUACGACAUGAUCAAGUCCGCGGUGGCGGGCGCCACGGAGUACGGCAAGAAGCUAGCGAGCACGGUGUACGAGAAGGUGGCCGGCGUCGGCACGGCCGUGGCGAGCAAGGCCCAGCAGGUGACAACAUCGGCCGGCACCGCGGUGCUUCACGGCGCGGCUCCAAGGACCAACACGAAUGUGAUGUGAAGUGCAGCGUGUGAUCGAUCAGUGCGCCCGGGUCGAUCGCUGGAAUAAGUCGCCUGGUGUUUGGGUUCAUCUGGGGCUUCAUCGUUCGUAUAUUUUGGGCAAAACGUGUUCUACAAGUGUUCACGUUUUGCAUGUCCGUAAAUCAUGUACGGUACGCGUGUGUAUCUACAUGUUUCUGUCUGUCUGUCUAAAUUCUU